UCCCUGCCCUCCCCAGCUGGUGGCCUCACCACCGUCUGCCCUGCUGCCGUCCCGCCAGGUGGGGGUGAGGACAAGCCAUGUUCCUGAGCCCGUGUGAGGGGCCUGCGGCGGAGGCGGGGGGGCCGGGCCCGGGCGAGGAGGCCCCCAAGAAGCAGCACCGGAGAAACCGCACGACCUUCACCACGUACCAGCUGCACCAGCUGGAGAGGGCGUUCGAGGCCUCCCACUACCCGGACGUCUACAGCCGCGAGGAGCUGGCGGCCAAGGUGCACCUGCCGGAGGUGCGCGUGCAGGUGUGGUUCCAGAACCGCCGGGCCAAGUGGCGCCGCCAGGAGCGUCUGGAGUCGGGCUCCGGGGCCGUGGCAGCCCCGAGGCUCCCCGAGGCCCCAGCCCUGCCGUUCGCCCGCCCUCCGGCCAUGCCGCUGCCCCUGGAGCCCUGGCUGGGCCCCGGGCCCCCGGCCGUGCCAGGCCUCCCGCGCCUCCUGGGCCCAGGCCCCGGGCUGCAGGCGUCCUUCGGGCCCCACGCCUUUGGCCCAGCCUUCACGGAGGGCUUCGCCCUGGAGGAGGCGUCCCUGCGGCUGCUGGCCAAGGAGCACGCACAGGCUCUGGACAGGGCCUGGCCUCCCGCCUGA